AGCUGGGAGAAGAACAGAGAGCUAUGUAUUUGAUACUGCAUCAUCAUCAACCAGCCAGAGAAAGAACACCGGAGCAUUUAGAUAUUUGAUGAAAAAACAACUUGGUGGUGUCAUAUUUGGUUGCAAGAACAAUACCAUGAAGGAGUGCAUACAGAAACAGCUAUUUGGUUUGCCUGCUGCACAUUUUCAAUAUGUGAAGAGCAUAGAUCCAGGUCUGCCGCUGUUUUUGUUCAACUACAGCAAUCGGGAGCUUCAUGGCAUCUAUGAAGCUGCAAGCUCUGGAAACAUGAAUAUCAAUCCAUAUGGUUGGACUUCAGACGGUUCCGGAAGGACACUGUAUCCUGCACAGGUUCAAAUGCGUCCCCGUCAACUGUGUCAACCACUGCCUGAAAGUCUAUUCAAACCUAUAAUUCUGAAUAACUAUUACAACGAGAACCAUUUCCUGUUUGAGCUAGAUCAUGUUCAAGCUGGUAAAUUGAUCUCCGAGUUCUCACCUCGUGUAUUGGCUCCAAUCAGAAGCAUGCCGCAACAUGCAGCAAAUCGGAGAAAUACAAUACAAGAUGUAGUUCUCAAAAAGACAGAAGAAGAUUGCAGGCCACGACAUGCUGAAUGCAGCAACUCAGGAGCCUCUUUGGACGAUGCAAAAGAAGAGAAUAAGCAGUUAAUAAAUAGGUAUAAGAUGCCCGUAUCCUCAUAUCCAUCUCAUCAGUUAGCUGAUGAAACAGUGUUUGAGUCAAUUAAUCAAGUACAGCUUAAUCCUGAGUCAAUCUUCCUAGUCGGCAGAUAUAAUGGAGUAUCAUGGUUCUCUACCUUGGAGUCAUACUCACCUUCAAAUGAUGUUUUAAAGUCUUUUAAGCCAAUGAACUUAGUUAGAUCAUAUGCCUCAGUUGCAAAACUGGGUGGAGAGCUUUUUGUAUUUGGUGGUGGUGUUGGAACUGGAAGCUUGUGGUACGACACAGUGGAAUCAUAUAGUCCAGCAGAUAACAAGUGGACCUUCCGUUCUCCUUUGAAUAAGAGAAAGGGUUCUUUAGCCGGUGCCACGUUGAAUGACAAAAUUUUUGCAAUUGGCGGUGGAAAUCAGAGUGGCUGCCUUUUCGAGGUUGAGCUGUAUGAUCCUCAAGUAGCGCGUUGGAUUACUACAAGGUCCAUGUCGCAAAAGCGUGCUAGUCUUGCUGCAGCAGAACUCAAUGGUGCGUUAUAUGCUGUUGGUGGAUAUGAUGGAAGAAAUUAUCUGGCGACGGCUGAAAGAUUUGAUCCAAGAGAACCUUACUGGACAAAAAUUAGCAGUAUGAGUACGAGAAGAGGAUGCCAUGCUUGCAUUGUGUUGGAUGGGCAGUUAAAUGCAAUUGGUGGGUAUGAUGGGACUACAAUGGUGUGUAGCACUGAAAUAUAUGACCCCCGUUUUCCAGUAUGGAUGGUUGGGCAGCCAAUGAAGCACGCGAGAGGGUAUUUAGCAGCGGCCGUUCUACAGGAGUCUAUUUAUGUGAUUGGAGGGGUUCAAUCUAAUAAGGAAUUUGUAGACGUGAUUGAAUGUUAUAAAGACGGACAAGGUUGGCAAACACCCAACCUGACGGGAAUUGAAAGAAGAUGCUGCUGCGCAGCUAUAGUUCUAACUGAUCAUUAAGUUCAGAAGCUGCAUCCUCUG